UUAAUUUUUUUUUAAUCUUUUGUGUGACGUAUCGACUGUGGUUUUACCUUUACUUCCCCUUUUUUUAAUUUUUGUACACUAUUUACUUUUGUAUAUUACUGUAACCGAGGGGACAAAAUAAAGAUUAGUUCUACCACUUGUGGUAAAUCUAAAUAAACGUGUUUGAUGGUGAAAUAACACUGGGUCUAUAAUAAGGUAUAACUUCAACAGCAAGUUCGUGAACCAUAGGUGUAAUACAAAGUUAAUUUAUCGCCAGCCCAAGUAACAGAGCUUUACAAAUCAAUGACAAUAUUCUAGAUCUAUCUUAAGUUAACCAUGUGACAUCAUAAUACACAUACACGGUAAACAAACCAUACGUUCCAUCUUGGCACAAGAACAAUUCAAAUGAAUAAUCAGAUAUUAGAAUAUACACCAUUGUCGUUAGUCACGCGACUUGCAAUUCUAGAAUGAAUGCUGCAUGGAUAGAUUGUGACGUAGUAGUUAUAAGUCACUUUACGGCUAUCGUUUCAUCACAGUUUAGUUUGUAGCUUAGUAAACGUGAGUGGUAACAUAGGAAGCGUUGUUUUGGUAAACUAGAUUUUAAGCAGACUUACAGCUAAGUAGAGUAUUUCCUUUACAUGUUCUGUUAUCGGUUAAUUUAGAAUUUCAGAAUAUUCAGAGUUCAAUGUACCACCUAAUAUACGAUGCAUUGUUAACAUUAUAAAAUUAAUUUUGAUCUACUGUAGGAAGAAACAGCUGUAAACAUGUCUUAUCAAAACCAAACUUACGUUGAAAAUGAGGGGACAUAUCACUACGUCACAGCAGCAGGGGCCAACUACACGAUAGCUCAAUCGAUAUGCAGAGAUGACUUUCAAUCCCAACUUGCUGUGCUUAAUACACAACAACUGUUUGAUAAAGCGAAGUCAUUAAGUGGGGCUGGGACAUUUUUCAUUGGGUUGCAUCGACCGAAUGACAGUGUACCAUAUCAGUGGCUAGAUGGAAGCGCAUUUAAUCGAUCUUUGAUAAACGGACCAAGUAUAACGAAUGAAAACGGCAGUGGCUGUCGAGGAGUGGUGAUGCAGAUUCCAGGUCAAAGUAAUUCUGUGAAUUUAACUUCAUACGAUUGUAGUUCAAAACAGAACUUUCUCUGUUUCACCCCCGCCCAACUAACAACUACAACGACAUCAACAGAAGAAGCAACGACAGCAACACGAGCAGCAACAACGAGUCAAGCAUUCGUUUCUACAACCAGCUACGACACAACGACAACUACACUGUCCCCUACAACCAACACAGUGCUUACCAAGGUACAACCGACGACUCAACUCUACAAUUCAACGCAGACGACAACCACGGGGUUAACAAACACACAAAGCGUCAACGCUGGGGGUCUGCAACUUGGUAUCGUUGUGGGGAUUCCUCUAGGUGUGGUGUUGCUUCUAAUUUUGCUUAUAGCUCUCAUAGUCUGGUUGAAACGUCGCGGUGGCGAUAAAAGCAACGAAGCAGAUGUGAGCUUGGAGACAAAUAAAGGCCAAGAUCCCCCGACGGGCACAUACAACAGAGCAGAUGUAGGAAACGAGGAUGAUCAAUGUGAAGUUCAUCUAAACGUCUUAUAUGAUACUGGGGCCAACGAUGCAACAAACAACGAGGAAGACGAAGAAGCCGACAUCGGCGACUUGUACGCGAAAGUGAACAAACAAUCCGUUCAAAAACAACAACAAGAUUACGGAGAAAGUUAUGACGUAUUACACGAGAACAAUACAGCGUUCAUUGCGGAAGCAGAAGAAUUGUAUUCUGGAUUGAACAAGACUUAGAAGAAAGCUUCACAGUUAUUACGAAACAAAUUCAUGAUACGCUAUAUUUUUAUGCUAUGCUUUAUAAUGGCCCGCAAUUAUUUCAAACUAUAUUGUGGUUAGAAUAAACGGAUCCGGGUUCAAAACCAUGUUUAGGUAUUUGCGACCCACUGUGAGUUGCUUUCUAUAGGUUUACAGGCCACAAUUAUUUCAUCUUUAACGUGAUAUAUCGACUGCUAUUCUAAACCCUAUUUUUCCCAUGUUAAUUAAAUAAAAUAUAGUAGGGUGGGGAAGAUGAGACACCUUUAACACAUGAUAUCUAAAUAUCCUGAUCGUAUUUUA